AUGAAGCUUGAGUGGGGUGUGGCAGCACUCCAGCUGGGAACAGCAAGAGGCCGAGACAUCUCUGAACUUGAGUCUCUCUACCAAGAUGGCACGGCCCCCGAUCGUGCUAUGAUUGGAGGCAAUGAAGUCGCCACUCCUUCUCAACCUCUUCCUCGCGACGACAAGAUCAACCGCGACAAAUGGUCACUCAAUUGCACGAGUAGCACCAGUGGCAAUGAGUGUGCGAAAGCGAUUGAUGGCUCCACAGACACCUUCUGGCAGAGCCAAAACAGCGCAACUGAAUACCAAAAUAUCACCAUCACACUCGAGGCAAAUAAUUCGGUGAGUGGUCUCACUGUGGUGCCCAGACAGAUCAACCCAGUGGCGGCUUUGAUCGAGCAACAUCAGAUCCUAGUUAGCCAAGACAACAUAAACUGGGAGCUGGUCGCAUAUGGAACUUGGUGGAAUAAUACCGCUCAAAAGCUCUCGGUGUUUCAACCCCGGUACGCUAAAUAUCUGCGCUUGUCGGCGGCUGCGUCUCAGGGCAUUGCUAUCGCAGAUAUCGAAGUAUACACAAUCGAUUAUAUCCCCCCGAAUGAUGAGCUGGGGUCAUGGGGCCCUACAAUCGAUUUGCCGCUGGUUCCUGUCGCAGGAGCUGUCGACCCACAGUCUGGCGAGGUGGUGGUCUGGUCUGUCUUCCCGUCCAGAAAAUUCGUCGAGGGUAAGGGAGUCAAGACACAAACAGCCACCUGGAAUCCUCGGGAAAACGCUGUCACGAGGAGUGCCACCAAUACCAAUCAUGACAUGUUCUGUCCAGGUAUCGCGACCGACCAGGAAGGAAAGGUCGUUGUGACUGGUGGCACCGCUCCAUCUACGACAAGUAUCUACAACACCAUCACUCAGCAGUGGUAUCAGGACGGCUUCUUGAAUAAGCCCCGGGGGUAUCAGGCAUCGAAUAGUUUGUCCGACGGACGCAUUUUUGUCAUCGGUGGAUCAUAUGGCAGCAAUGUUUUUGGCAAAGAUGGCGAGGUCUAUGAUAUGAAAACCAACAAAUGGACUAUGCUUCCCAGCGCGUUGGCAUCUACGAUGCUCACUCAUGAUCAACGAACUUAUCGACAAGACCACCACGGCUGGACAUUUGCUUGGGACAAUGGGUCUGUUUUCCAGGCGGGUCCCAGUAAAGGAAUUCACUGGUACGGUACCGCAGGUGACGGAUCUGUUACUCCGGCAGGAAAUCAUACGGGUGAUGAAGAUGCCGUGUGCAGCAACGCGGUCAUCCCGGCGACCAACCGUGCAUCCAUCAUCUCGAUUACCGACGCCAAGCAAGCUGCGACAGUCCUCCCGAAUGCGGGAGGUGGAAUGAAAUCUGUGCGAACUUUUCACACAUCAGUUGUUCUCCCUGACGGCUCGGUGUUUGUCAAUGGCGGGCAGACUGUCGGGCUUCCCUUCAAUGAAACUGGGGCUCAACUGUCCCCAGAAACCUUCUUCCCUGAUCUGAAAGAUUUGCAGAAGGGGGCCACUUGUAAAUCCCAGCAGCCAAAUACUGUCAUUCGUGUUUACCACAGCAUUGCGCUUCUGCUCCAGGACGGUACUGUCUUCACCGGUGGUGGCGGUCUCUAUGGCAAUUGCGCUGCCAAUCACUUUGAUGGCUAA